CUAACACCGCAAUGCUUGUCCCGAAGCGUGUGCUGACAACCGAAUCGCAAUCGACGACUGCAGUGAGCACGGAAGCAACGGAGGCAAGAGAGGCGGUGGAGUAUGACGAGGCGUAUCGUGAUCCCGAGGCGAGAGCAGGAGGGCAGCUGCAAGAUGGCUAUGCAGGAAGCGACGACACAGAUGAUGGGUGAGGCCGCUGCAUGACCGGUGUCAGCUGCUUUUCUUAAUUGGCAAUGCUCCAUCCGUGCCGUUGUGUGAGUUAUGCAGCAUGGCGCCGUCUGUGAUAGGGCGUGGUAGUGCGUCGUCGCUCGAAGAUCUGAAGGAUCAUGGUGGCGGCACGCCACACGCAUCGCUCGCUGACGUGACGCCGCCAUGCACGCCGCUGCUCGGCCUCUCAGUGGCAUUCGCCGCUGUCACAGGUAAGCAUCACCUGCACCUGAUCGUGGUGCUGACUGACCGAUGUGCCUCCUGUGUGGCAUUCACUUCCUGAUUCCUUCAGGGAUUUUGAUGGGUUACGAUUUCGCCAUAGCAGCAGUGGUGCUGCAGCCGAUCCAAGAGGACUUCAACUUGUGCAGCGGCCAGUUCACCUGCCGGGCAAAGGACCUGUUUGUGUCGCUCGUCGGGCCGGGGGCGAUCGUCGGCGCCAUGUCGGGCGGCAGCAUCGCAGAUUGGUUCGGCCGCCGUGUGGCCCUCGCCGCAAGUGACUUUUUCAUCAUAUUGGCCGCCUCCCUCAUGGCUUUAGGUACCUGCAUCCAACACGUGUGGCGUGUCGCCCAUUGCCCAUGUGGUGUGUCUGUCGGUGUGUUGUGCAGGUCAAUCGUUUUUUGUGGUGUUGAUUGGUCGGUUCUUUGUGGGCAUGGGGGCGGGCAUCGGGCUGGUCAACUUCUCCACAUACACGUCGGAGAUAUCGCCGCCCAAACGAAGAGGUGCACUCGUCGUCUGCCAGGUGCGACGCGACGCGCCGAGGAAUGAGACCACAUCUCGUCUGUACGUCUCUCUAUCGAUCCAUUUUGUCUUGUCUGUGUGUCAGGAGUUGUGUCAGUGAGUCUACGCUCACCCUGGCGUAGAUCUCCGCUAUGUACUGCGUGCAUUGGCAUUGUUAUGUCUGUGUCAGAUGCAUCGGUGCCAUUCUUGCUUUCCUGGCUGCCGUCAGUUUGGGGCCCUCCACCGAGCAUGCAACCGAGAAUGCGUGGCGGUGGCUGCUGGGUGCUGCAGGGCUGGUGGGCGUCGUGCAGGGGUUCGGUAUCCUCCUGCUACCUGAAAGCCCCAGAUGGUACGCGUGUGCGCUGGUGGGUGUGGACCCGCCAUUCAUCUUGUCUCUCUGUGUUGUCUCAGGCUGAUGUUUCGGUAUCGCGAGGAACGAGCCAGGGAGGUGAUGCGGAAGCUGGGAAUGGGGAGCACAGCCGACAUCGACCAACAGGUACUCCGCGCCCCAGCACCCACUUGGCAUUGCCAAACAAACACACACACACACGCGACCUUUUCUUCUCUGCAUUCCAUCAGAUGGCUGCCAUCCGCCGCGAGCGUGACGGCGACAAAUUCCUCGACGCGCGUACGGUCAGCUCCAAUGGUUCGGAUGAGUCGCUCUGCACUGCCGAGGACGAAACCGCCCACUCCCGGAAGAAGCGGGCGCCCCUGCGCGCCGACGAGGAGGGCGGCUGGGUGAAGAGGGUGGCGCUGCAAUGGAGAGAGAUUCGGGGGCACCGGAAGCAGAUGCUCAUGGCCGUCGGCUGUGCUGUGGCGGGGGUGAGGCGCACACAUACGGGGCGGCUGACGGAUGAAUGACGUCCGCCUGUGUGUGCGCGUGACGUUCAGAACCUGACAUUCGGUCCUGUGGUGUUUCCGUUGAGUGAGGACAUUUUGCGGCUUGCUGGUGUGGGGCCGCUGGGGCGGUUUUGGGCUGGCCUCGGGAUAGGGCUCAUGAAGGUGAGAUGCGUGUACACUCACUCGACUCGCGCCAGUACCCCCAGGCCCAGAGACAACCACUCUGCAGUGCACAGUGAGUGUGUGUCGUCGUCUCUUGAUUCGUUCAGCUGUUCGGUGUCCUGCUGACGAUGAGCACUGUAGAUGUGUUUGGCCGACGUCGGCUGCUGUUUGUGGGCAAUCUGGGUACGUGCUGCUGCCAUCUGUUGCUCUCGGUGGCCUUCCUGUCUCACGUCCUCUAUACGGGCCACUCCAUCGACCUCAACGCCUCCUACACCCAUGACCAGCCCGCGGAGCUAUUGCCGCCCUCCCUGACGGCUGUGUUGGGGAGCCUGGGGGUGCUGCUGUUCAUGCUGGCGUGGAAUGUGGGCUGGGCCAGCAUGAUCUAUGUGGUGGCGAGUGAGCUGCUGCCCAGCCGCAUUAGGGGCGUCGGCAUGAGCAUGGUCGAGGUCACCUUCUGGGUGCUGGCCUUUGUCAACGGCAACACCAUGGAACGGCUUUUCCUCAACAUCACGCCACAAGGCAAGUUGGUCGACACACGCGAGUCGAGUCGUGCGCAUCUAUCUAUCUAUGUCUGUCUGUCUGUGUGCCUUCAGGGACGUUCCUGCUGUAUGCGUGUUUGAACGCAUUAUGUUUUGUGCUGAUAUGCGUGCUGCCGGAGAACACUGGCAAGUCACUCGAAGACAUCAACGCGGCCCUCUCGCCACACACACGACAUCAUACAGCAGGAAGCAAUGACGGCGAUGGCGUCAAGAUGGCCUGGCCCGCACCGGCCGACCAGCACAACGGCGGCGCUGUUGAGAUGGCCCAGAAGGUCGGUCCUGUGUGUGUGGGCAAGAAGGUGCUGCACAAACAGUCCCGUGUGCUCCAAUACGACAUGAUGGACGAUGAGACCAGCGACUGACUGACCGC